GGAGUUGUGUUUACUUCACGCUGCAGUUGUGGCAACAUUCCUAGUUCAGUUUAUGUACACCGUGUUUGCCGUUGUUAGUGAGGCACGAUGGUGAAGUACACGGCUCAACCGCAGAACCCCACCAAGUCCUGCAAGGCAAAGGGGGCUGACCUCAGGGUUAGCUUUAAGAACACGUUCGAGACAGCGGCUGUGCUGAGGCGCAUGUCACUGACGCGGGCUAAGGCCUUCCUCAACAAUGUCCUGAAACACAAGGAGUGCGUUCCCUUCAGACGCUUCAACGGAGGCAUUGGGCGAUGUGCUCAGGCAAAGCAAUGGAAAAUGACUCAGGGUCGCUGGCCCACAAAAAGCGUCCAUUACCUUCUCGAUCUCCUGAAGAAUCUUGAGAGCAACGCUCAAUUCAAGGGUCUUGACGCCGAGAAUUUAUACAUCCGCCACAUCGUUGUGCAACGCGCCUGCCAGAUGAGGCGUCGCACUUACCGUGCCCACGGUCGCAUCAACCCCUACAUGAGCUCGCCUUGCCACGUCGAGAUCAUCGCCGAGGAGAAGCCUGAACACGUCGAGAAACCUGGACUGAAGAAGAAGCUCAGGCUGGCGUCACAGAAGAGGAAGCGUCUGUCAACCUCGUGGAAGCCCAAAAAGGUCAAGACACACAAGACCACGUAUUCUGCUAAGAAGCGUAAGGCUGCUGCCGCCCUUGCAGCUGCAGCUCAGAAGGGAGAUACGUCAGUUGCUGUGGCUGGUAAGCCUAAGAAGAAGGGCGCUCAGACGAAGCCUGCUGGCAAGAAGGCUACCACCCCCAGGACCAAGGACGGUAAGGUGCAGAAGAAGAAGAAGCCUGCUGAUAAGGCAGCCCCAAAGAAGAAAACCGAAAAAGCUCCCAAGAAGGAAGGCGGCAAGCAGUAACUUUGCAAUAAAUGCCGGACGAUGA